AUGAUCACCGCCGGCGCAAUCCCCGCCGCCGCCACUAGCCCCUCUGUCUCGGUCCCCACCCGGCGGCGCCCGGCGGAGUCCUCCUCCGACGUCGAGUCCUCGGCCGACGAGCACGAUGACGACGAGGGCGGUGCAGCACUCGAACACAAGAAGAGGCGCAGGAGCGGGAGGUCGUUGAUGGCUGGUGGCAACUGGAAGGAGCGGGCGAUGAGGAUCCUGGCGGCGGCGCUCCUCGCCGCCUGGCUCGCCUCCCUUCUCUUCCUCGGCACCGCUCGCAUCGGCGUCGCCGUCGCCGUGCCCAGGAAGACGAAGGAGGUGGUCACGCAGAUUAACGCGCGCGAGGAGUCCAUGAAUUGGGCUGUGGAGACCGCCGCGACGCUCAAGAGGAGGAGGCUACGACGACCGAUUCCUGAGAUUUGGAGGAAACCAAAUAACAAUGGCUUUGAGAGAUGCAUAGAGCGUCCAAAGACUAAAUGCCUCACUUGUAACGUUACGGUGGGUUACCUCGUAGUUCAUGCCAACGGUGGACUUAAUCAGAUGAGGAUGGGGAUCAGCGACAUGGUCGCAGUCGCAAAAUUGAUGAAUGCGGCACUCGUGUUACCCUUGCUAGACCACAAAUCAUUUUGGACUGAUCCAAGUGAAUUCAAGGAUAUUUUCGAUGUUCAACACUUCAAGAAAGUCCUCAAAAAUGACAUUGUCAUAGUUGAUUCCCUCCCAAGACAAUAUGCUCGAACCAAACCUCUUCAAAGGGCUCCUAUUUCUUGGUCCAAGGCUUCAUACUUCAAAAGCUUCUCUCUCGUUUUAAGCAAGCGAAAGGUCGUAGAAUUCACCCAUACCGACACUCGCCUCGCAAACAAUGGACUUCCUCCCUCCAUUCAAAGGCUUCGAUGCCGAACGAAUUAUGAAGCGCUUCGAUACACUCAGGAAAUCGAAGGCCUUGGUGAAAAAAUUGUUGAUAGGUUGAGAAAUGGUAGCAACCCCUACAUUGCACUCCACUUAAGAUACGAAAAGGACAUGCUAUCGUUUACUGGAUGCAGUCAUAACCUCUCAAAGCAUGAAGCAGAAGAGCUAAGAAGUAUGAGGUAUAAGGUGAAGCAUUGGAAGGAGAAAGAGAUAAAUAGCAAAGAGAAGAGGCUGCAAGGAGGUUGCCCAAUGACCCCAAGAGAGGCAGCCAUCUUUUUGAAGGCCAUGGGCUACCCUUCUACAGCAAGCAUUUAUAUUGUAGCAGGAGAAAUUCAUGGAGGUAAUAGCAUGAAUGCUUUGAAAAAGGAAUAUCCAAACAUAUACACUCAUCGUAAUUUGGCAUCCAAAGAGGAACUCAACCCUUUCAACAAGCAUCAAAACAGGCUUGCUGCUUUAGAUUACAUUGUGGCACUCGACAGUGAUGUCUUCGUCUACACUUAUGAUGGGAACAUGGCAAAGGCAGUUCAAGGGCAUAGGAGAUAUGAGGGAUUUAAGAAGACCAUCAAUCCAGAUAGGCCAAGGCUUGUGGAACUGAUAGAUCAGUUGGAUCAGGGAGUAGUAAAUUGGAAGGAGUUUGAGGAGAAGGUCAAGAAGGCCCAUGCAAAGAGGGUUGGAGGACCAUAUGAGAGAAUGACAGAUGUAAAUCCAAGACAAGAGGAGAACUUUUAUGCAAAUCCUCUUCCGGGAUGUUUAUGCAAUAAGUUAUAUAGGAAUACCUAA